ACCCCUCUCACAAGUCCACUUACAUGCUUCUCUUUUCUCGACGCUUUCUUCUUUCAUGGACUCAUCCUUCGCCCACAAACGACACUUGGACACCACCACCGCAUUUGAUACUUCCACUCCGACCACCAAGCGCCGCCACCAACUGCUGCCGUCCUCGGCAACUCCGCCGUCCAAUUCCUUUCGUACACCACCACCACCGCCGCCAUUUCUGAAACUCUCUCCCGGUGAAGCAUUCUUCCGAAUCCUCUGUCCGGCGGAUAAAACCGGCGGUGUGAUCGGAAAAGGUGGAGCCAUAAUCCGACAGCUCAGAGAGGAGACUGGUGCUAAGAUUCGCAUUGAUGAUUCACUAGCCGGCUGCGAUGAGCGAGUUAUCGUUGUUAUAGCCGACUCAACGAAGAAAGAUCAAACUAGCUCGGAUGCUGGUGGUUUCAAUGGUGAAGAAUUACCUCAUUCGGCUGUCAAUGAUGAGUCAUCAUCCCAGGCUCAGCGGGCGUUGAUUAGAGUACUUGAGAGGAUUUUGAAAGUGGAUGAGGAGGGGAAUGCGGUUCAAUCGGAAGGAGAAGGGAGGAAGGAUGAAUUUAGCGAUGUGAGGAGUCCACAGGGAGUGGUGGUUUGUAGGCUUUUAGCACCGAGUAAUCAGGUUGGAAGCGUGCUGGGAAAAGGGGGAAAGAUUAUUGAGAAGAUAAGACAGGAGACUGGAGCUCAAGUUAGGGUUUUGCCUAAAGAUCAUAUGCCUGCUUGUGCAUUACCGGGUGACGAGUUAAUUCAGAUAACUGGAAGCUUUUCAACUGUGAGAAAAGCUCUGUUGUCUGUUUCAAGCUGCCUUCAGGAUAACUCUAGGGUAGAUUUAGUAAAUCCCUCUACCCCCAAAUUUUCAGGGAUGUCACAAAAUGGAACUGGUUAUCACACACCCGAGCAGUUCUCGAGGAGUUCUGGUGUUGAGAGUGCUGGAAUCAACCACAGGAUGGUCUUGGAGGAAGAGGUCGUGUUUAAGGUGUUAUGUCCGGUUGACAAGGUUGGAAAUUUGAUAGGAAAAGGUGGCUCAAUUAUUAGGGUGAUGCAGACUGAAACUGGUGCAUCUGUCAAGGUUGCUGAUUCAGCAUCUGAUUUAGAUGAAAGAAUGGUUGUGAUAUCUGCAAGAGAGAACCUGGAGCAAAGACAUUCCCCUGCUCAGGAAGCUCUUAUGCGUGUCCAGGGCAGAAUUGCUGAGAUUGGAUUUGAACCAGGAGCUGCAGUUGUAUCAAGGCUUCUGGUACAUGCACGUCACAUGAGUUGUCUCUUUGGUAAUGGAGGUAUCCUAAUUGCUGAAUUACGACGAGUCACUGGUGCUAGCAUUCGUAUUUUCCCCAGAGAACAAUCUCCAAAAUACGGCUCCCACACAGAAGAAGUUUUACAGGUCAUUGGGAGCAUGCAGUCUGUCCAGGAUGCUUUGUUCCAAAUUACUUGUAGGCUUCGUGAUGCAAUGUUUCCUGUGAAACCACAUGUUUCAACUAUUGCCCCUCCGCAUUUCCCCCCUUACUCUGAAAUUCCAUCCCCAUCAUACAGGCCAAGGCACGAUCCUGCUUCUCCUAGUUACCACUCACCUAUUGGCUACCCUCACGAUCGUGCUCCCCAUUUCUAUGGCUAUGAGAGACAAGGGCAUGCUCCGUAUUUUGAUAGACCUCCUUCACCUGGAAGAUGGGGUCCUCAGGCAGUCAAUUCUAGAAAUACAGCUGGAGUGGCGGAUUGUAGCAGUGCCAGUGAGGCAGCACCUAAUUUGCCAGGGACUACUGUUGAAGUUGUAAUUCCUGAAAUGUAUAUAAAAUAUGUUUAUGGAGAGGAUUCUAGCAACCUUCAUCAUACAAGCAGGAUUUCAGGUGCUAAGGUAGUAAUUCAUGAUCCUGUAGCUGGUUCUGCAUACGGCUCUGCUAUUUUGUCAGGGACGAAAGAUCAAGUGGAAUAUGCUCAGACCCUUAUUCAUGCCUUCAUCUAUGCUGAGAAGGGGGACACAUAGAGCUUGUUUCUUACCAUGAUCCUAGAGGAAGAACAUAGUGUAAACAUUAACAAAGUGGAAAGACGGAGAAUGCAGCAGCUAUUUGGGAAUGGAAAAAGUCAGCUAUGCCUGUUUUUUUCAUCAUAUUUUUUAUGUUAGGAGUAUUUUACAGGCAAAAAUAAUGUAGUAUAUGUAAAUGUUAAAAGCAACGUGCACAUGAAUUUGUCAGUUCAUUUGAUUCUUAUAGGAACACAAUUAUGUGGUUCUGUAAGCUAUACAAUGCAGGUGUAUCUUUCUAUUAUUAGUUUCAAAUUCUGAUAUUUUCCUUUGACUAGAUAUA